AUAUAUGUAUGUAUGUAUAUAAAUAAAUACGACGAUCUUUGUUGUUGGUGCAACUGAACCGACCAAUUGGAGACAGAAUCGGCGCACAGCCAUGCUGAUAGUGAGACAGUGACAAUGAACUAAAACUCAUUACUUCCCAUUGGUUUUUCCUAUUUAUAACGUUCCCUCAGCUGUAUGUGCCUGUGCUUGGACGUUAAUGUAGGUGACUAUUAAAAAUCCGGAGAUUGAUUUGAAGAGAGUUGUUUUUUUUUUUUUUUUAAUAGACAAAAGAGUGAAGGAAGAAGAAAAGAAAAUAUGGGUUUGAAAUACAAGGGAGGUUUGCUUCUGAUUAUUGGUGUUGUGAUCAUGUGGGUUACCUCUGCAGAGGUCACUCAGGGUGUAUUUGAAGACUAUAGGCACCCGUUUGCUGUGACAUAUCUUGGAACCUCUCUUUUGUCACUUUAUCUGCCAUUAGCAUUCUUUAAGGACUGGUUAGUAAAGCAUCUCAGAGGUCGCUCUUGUAAUAGUAAUAGUACCGAAGGCCCAAAAGGGGUUGAAACCUCUGUGGAACUAAAUUCUCCUGCAAAACAUGAUGACAAGCCUGCAAAUUUUCAAAUUGAACAUCAAGCACCAUUGCCUAAGGAGUGUGUCAUCGACUUUUGUACUAAAGAUGAGGGAAAUCCGCUGGUUUCUGGACAUGAAGAUAUUACGGAAGCACCAAAGGGAGACAGAAUGCUUAGUGCAAAGGAAAUUGCUGCAUUUGGCUUUUCAUUGGCUCCUAUCUGGUUUGCAACAGAGUAUCUAACGAACGCCGCUCUCGCAAGAACAAGUGUUGCUAGUACAACAUUGUUGUCCUCAACUUCAGGACUUUUCACUUUAAUAAUUGGGGCUCUUCUGGGUCAAGACUCUAUAAAUGCAAUGAAAGUAGUUUCAGUCGUCAUUAGCAUUGCCGGUGUUGCUAUGACUACACUUGGAAAGACAUGGGCUGCAGAUGAAUCAAAAUCAGUCGCUAACAAAAGUUGGAAUCAUGCUCUUGUAGGAGAUCUUUUUGCUACCCUCUCAGCUAUGUGUUAUGGAUUGUUUACAGUUUUGCUUAAAAUGUUUUCUGGAGAACAAGGAGAAAGGGUAGACAUGAAGAAGUUGUUUGGCUAUAUUGGAUUGUUUGCACUUGUUGCCCUUUGGUGGCUUGCAUGGCCUCUGACAGCCAUUGGUAUAGAACCAAAGUUCACAUUUCCUCAAUCAGCAAAAGUGCAAGAGAUAAUCCUUAUAAACAGUUUUGUUGGAAGUUUUCUGUCUGACUACUUCUGGGCAUUAGGUGUUGUCUGGACCUCCCCGCUGGUAGCUGCACUAGGUGUUUCACUUACAAUACCUAUUGCAAUGUUGGAAGACAUACUAAUUCAUGGCCAACAGUAUUCUGUAAUCUAUAUCAUUGGGUCAGCUCAGGUAUUCCUGGGAUUUGUAAUAGCUAAUAUUUCAGAUUGGAUUUUAGAGAAGUUGAGAUGGUAGUGCUUCAACAUGCAGCAAAGCUGUCAUUUUCCACCAACACUUAUCUAUUUCGCCUAGCCUUAAUGAUGCAUGGCCACAUAUAGACAAUCUAUGCAUAGUUAUCAUAUUGUUAUGCUGGGCCUGCUGAAAGGGUAUUAUAUAAUUUAUAUGACUGAUGAAUUUUCCCAACUUGUUGACCUUUCGGCUUUAACCCUGUUGACAAAAACAUGUAUGUUUUACUGGAUGGAAUGGUUAAAGGUGAGGCAAGCCUACUGAACAUUUGCCUAUUUUCACAUUCA